GAGAGUUCGAGAUGACAUAAAGCAUUCAAUAUUGCAGAAACAUCUUCUUCUUCUUACAAAGAACAAUGGAAAUGGCGAUGACUUUUGUGUAUCCACCACCUCCAUCAAUAUUGCUCAACACUAUGAGCGUCGUGGGUUUAGCCGCUCUUGCGCAGAUCGGUUGGUCGGAAGUGAGAGGAAACCAUCUCAAAUACUCCAAAUUCGCAUCAUCAUCAUCAUCAGCAUCACCAAAACCGCAAAAGCACAGGUUCGGCAGCUUCUCCAGCCGAAUCGGAAUGCUUUUGCUGUACACACCAGCCUUCCUAGCCGCCGCAGCUUCUUUCUUCCUCUUACCUUCCGAUGACCUCAGGUUCCUUCUCCUCAAAUCCGCACUUGCCCUCCAUUUCCUCAAAAGAAUCUUCGAGGUUAUGUUCAUCCAUAAGUACAGCGGAGAGAUGGCUGUAGACUCAGCUUUCAUCAUAACCAGCAGCUACUUCUCAUCAACGGUCUUGAUGCUAUACAGCCAAAGCUUCACACUUGGACUAACCGAGCCAGAUUUGGAUCUGAAACUCCUCGGGAUUGUCAUGUUUGUGGUGGGAAUCGUUGGGAAUCUCUAUCACCAUGUUCUGCUAGCUAAGCUGAGGAACGAAGAAGGUGGGAAGAAAGUGUACAAGAUACCAAAAGGAGGUCUGUUUAAUACAGUCAUAUGCCCUCACUAUCUCUUCGAGAUCAUUGUGUUUUGGAGCUUCUUUAUGGUUUCUCAGACCAUUUACUCGUUUUCUUUCGCCAUGGGAACAACUUUCUAUCUCAUUGGUCGGAGCUAUGCUACGAGAAGAUGGUAUCUUUCCAAGUUCGAUGACUUCCCUAAGCAUAUCAAGGCUCUUAUUCCUUUUGUAUUCUAGACAUGUUUCUAUUACCAAACUCUUGUUCUUGAAUUUUUUUUGUUGUUGUCAAAUUUACAUUUUAUACGUUCGUGAUUUAAAAGGAAUAAACGUUUACGAUUUUUAA